AUGGACUCGUUUGGGGAGGAUUCGCAGCCGACUCAAGCGACGCAAAACGUCGUGGAUCCGAGACGGCUGGGACAGCAGAACUCGGGCUUCUCAGAUACAGACAUCGCCGACAUAAUAUGUCUUCUUGUUCCGCAGUCGGAUGCUGCACGCCGAGAAAUCAGAAGAAUCAGACUCCGAACACCAGAGCACACGGUUGGGAGGGAUGAGGCGCUCAACUUGGAUGUGGAAGAGGAUGGGGAGGAUGUAAUUGGGGGCCAGGGCUUUCCGGGACAUGGUGUAGGGGAGUAUCACAUUGCGCUGAGGUUUUCCACCGAGAUUAAGAGUGCUGUAAAUGGCUUCACCUUUGGACGAAACGAAAGUCGUUGCGACAUUGUUUUCGAAGACGAUCCGAUGCGACGGCUGAGCAACACCCACUUCCGCAUCUACCUCAACGACCACGGGGUUUUGAUGAUUGAGGACAUGUCGACAAACGGCACCGUUGUUGAUGAGCAGCUCUUACGACGAAAGGGCGAGCCACCGCUCGAUGUGAAGAGGACACUAAGGAGCGGUUCGAAUAUUAAGAUUCUGAUGCAUGAGGAGGCAAGAGACCUCAAGUUCAGGGUCUGGAUACCAAUCCGGCAGGGCUACUCAAAUGAAGCCUACAAGCAAAACUUACGAACAUACAUUUCAAAUCGAGCAGCACUCACGGUAGAUGUGAACGCAACCAUCGUGCCCGGCCCUGGUGGGCGUGUAAGCUCAUCCCCCUCCUUUUGGAAAUCCAACCGUGGCCACGUGACUGUUCGUCGGGCACAGCCAGGUCCUUCAGAUCAACAAGAUACCGAUGAUAUCUUUGAUGGUCUUCCAAAGGCGUGGGGUGGGUCGCAAAAGUAUAACCGUGUGGGUGAGGUGGGCAGAGGCGCCUUCGCUACCGUCUACAAGGUGACCUCGAGGUUCAGCGGUGAACCUUAUGCGGCCAAAGAACUCGACAAGCGGAAGUUCAUGAAGAACGGCGUCUUGGACCAGAAGGUUGAGAACGAAAUGCGCAUCAUGCAAAAAGUCAAACAUGUCAGCCUCCAAUACGUCGAGCAUCUCGACUGGGAUAACCGGCUGUUGAUCAUUAUUAUGGAAUAUGUCGGCAAAGGAGAUCUCGGGAGGAUGAUCUCGGAGUAUGGGCCUCUCACCGAGGACACCACGAGGACCAUGGCAACCCAGCUGCUGGAUGCCUUGGAUUAUCUUCACAAGAUGAACAUCACCCACCGUGAUGUGAAGCCGGACAACAUUCUAGUGAGCUCACAUGAUCCAUUUGUGGUCAAGCUCACGGAUUUUGGGCUUUCCAAGAUGAUUGAUCACGACCAGACGUUUCUCAGGACCUUUUGUGGUACCCUCCUGUAUUGCGCCCCUGAAGUAUACUCGGAAUAUGCCGAAUACGAUAGCAGAGGCAGACGGCAUCCCCGAAAUCGACGUCUCCACCCACAAACUGGUCAGAGAUACGAUCACGCGGUUGACAUUUGGUCCUUGGGAGGCGUUCUUUUCUACACAAUGACGAAAUCACCCCCCUUUCCGGCUCAAAGCGGAGCUAGUCACUCGGCGCUCCUUCAUCAGAUCAUGACCAAACCCCUCAACAUAGCACCCCUUCAACAAGCCCAAAUCUCAGAAGAGGGUAUCAAGUUCAUCCAGGGCAUGCUCGACCGUAAACCAGAGAACCGAGCAACGAUUGAAGCGCUCCAGCAGCACCCCUGGAUUCAGCCGCCUCCGCCACCGCAGGUCGAUGAAGUAUCCGACCAGGAGCUCAGCUUCAAUGCUUCACAGCUCAGCAUCCAGGAUCAAGACUUGCAGAUGCCGUUUGAGGACCAUCUGAUUCCAGCCAGCGACGAUGAAGAUCUCCCUGAUCAGGAGCCAGUUCCAACCGGCGGAUACGAGUCCGAGAAGGAGAACUACACAUUUGGAGCCGGUAACCAGCCACAGCCUCAACCUCAACGUCUCUUUGGAGAAGUAAAUCCGUCGGCUAUGGGGAGUCAAGGCGCGGUGGCGGCCCAUCGUCUGAAUCUGCCGGUGUCCAAAGACAGCUUUGCGUCAAGCGCAUCGACGGAGAUUUUAGGAUCCGACAAUGAAAUCAAGGACAGCUUUGAGUCUGACCAACACUCCACACCGCGGCAGAAGAAGCAGUUCUCGCAAAUUCCCUCUGUCGGUCUGGAGGAAGGGUCCUUCUCGCUCAGCCAGAGCAGAUCCACGGAGGACCUCAACACCAAGACCUUUGAUGUGGCAUCACAGAGCUUGGGGGGCGCCGAGUCCAUCCUGGAGAAUCUUAAUAUGAAGUCACGCGUCGGCUCCCUCCUUGCCUCUCGUGGAAGUGAGGUGAACUCCAGCAAACGCAAGCAGGAUUCAUCCAGCGAAGAUGAGGCUCAGCGAGGGCCUGUAUCCGAUGGGCGCGGUCUGAAGAGGUUUCGAUCAGACCCCACAACGGUUCAAAAGCAACAACAACAGCAGCAGCAGCAGCAGCAAGAAGUCGCCAUUCGCACGCUCGAUAGGAAGGACUUCGAUUUGAUGUCGCAAAUCCCAUCGAUUCCUAAGCAGUCGGUGCAGAUCGACAUUCCAGUCCACAAGGCUACAUACUGGCUGGCUAAUGACAGGAGCACCUGGCAUCUGACGUACCCCGAGAUGACACAGCUACAGUUCGACGCCUUCAAAACGGCAGCCAAAGCCAGAGGAGAAGACUUUGCUCCAGGCAAAACCCCUCUUUGGGACCUGGCAAUGAAGUACUUCCCACCCACCAAUCGGGAGCGGCCAGGCAAGAUCAGAAGGACCUUUGAAGAUUCCGGAGACCACACGAUGCCGUCUACUGCAAUCGAAUCCCAGGCGAGUCAGCAUGUCGAGAUCCCAGACACCCAGGACGCGUAUACCACCAUGGCUAUGCACUCAGAGCGGAUGAAGCCAGUGAUUGCGUGUUUGAAGUCAACACCCAGUUCAGUGGUUCACUUCAUUCAGGUCCUGGUAACCGAGUGCAUGAUCUCCUGGGGCCGUUCAGUCGACAACACUCGCUCGUACGAGCCCAAAUCGGAGAGCAGAGUCCCAAAAUACGCAUUCAAGCUCCUCCUGUGGAAGAACAACUUUGAUGCGACCAUCAACAGGAACUGGCGGCCUUGGAACAAGCGCUACGAGCCUGACGAGGAGGAGUUCAUGUUUUACAUUUGCACCAAGGCGACCAACGGCAUCUGGAUCAACGGCGAGAAAUUGCGCUCUCACCUGAACGAGAACAAGAAAGCCGACGGCCCUUACAAGUACUGGGCUCCCCUCUACGACGGCGACCGCGUCUCCGUCUGGCAGACCAUCGACGGCAAUUCCAGAACCGAGCUCACCUUUCGUUGCGUCUGGGGAGGCAGCGCGAAACCUCGUCCCGGCUACGGUCCUCAAGCUAUCCCAACCAUGGUCGACACGGACACUGCCCGCCAACUGGAUCACCUCUGCGACAAGAUUGAGCGCAAGAUGCGCAGUCUGAACGAGCACGACCUCUGUAUGGAGGAGGCGGAGUAUGACAUGAACGAACGCCACAAGCACAUUGACCGGGAGAGGGAAAAGUCGAAGCAGUUUGAGAAGCUGAGGAGGCAGGCGGACAGGGGUGGGAGGAGGCCGAGCCCGAUGCCGGGGAUCACGUAUGGGAAUGCGGAUUCCACGCCGGCGAUGUGGACUAGUCAGUUCAGAGGGGGGGUGCCUGUUUUUAGGAGGCCGAGUCCGACUGCUUCGGAUUUGUUGAGGGCUGCGAGGUAUUGA